UUUUAAACCCCACAAGCUCUGGAAACACAACACACACACACACACCUGGGAGCAAAGCAGUGCGGACGGAUGCAACAUAGAACACACACUAACCACCACACCACACACACCGAGACAGAACAAAUGCUGACUCCAGACAACCUCAUCAGAGGAAGCAGCAGCCCCAGUAGCAGCAGAAAGAAGAGAACCUCGAGGAAAACCACCAGAGGAACCCCUCUCACUCCUCUUCUCUUCCAAGGACCUCAGCUCUGAGAUGGGCUGCUCCUCGGGACGCCAGGCCCCGGACCCAGGGCUUCACUCAGACCUGGACUGUGGCAGCAGCCUACCCCCGGAGUCGCCCCAUGGAGGAGGGGACCUGGUCCUACCCCCAGAGUCACUCUCUACGCUGCAGUGUCUGGCCCAGGCCACGGGUGGUACGGAGAAGUCCUGGUACCGCUGUGUGUUUCCGUUCGGGGUGAUCUCUUUGGUGAUCGGGGUAGCGGGAACGGCAGUCACCUUCAUGUAUAACACGCCAGACCUGUACCAGACCAAGGUGGUGUCCAUGGUGCUGCUGGUGGUGGGGGUGGUCAUGCUGCUGAUGGCGGCCAUCUGCUGGAGAGACCACAGGCUGAAGAGGAGGAAGAAGAAGGAGGGAGGUUUCUUCUGCUCCGAACAGGGCAACUUGUGAGGUCUGGAGGAGGAAGGAGGGGGGUGGAGGGAUGGAUGGUACAUAGACACAAAUAGUUGGAUGGAUGAGUUGAACAUCUGAAAGGUCCAAACCGAUCAACCUGGCACGUGCUUAACUCUCGGAGCGAGACGCUAGAUCUCACUGAAAUGGAGAAGUGGUGUAAAGGGUUGAGAGUUCAUCUUCCUUGUUUGGAAUCCUAAUCUCCAUCUCCUCCACUUUUUCCUCUCUCUGUUUUUCCAGUCCCCGUGUCUCUGAGGAUGAUUACUCUGUUUUUCUCUGUGUGGAGGAGGGAGGGUGGGAGAGAGGGAGAAAGAGAGAGACAUUAAAGGAUGGAUGAGACAGACAUAGAUACACAUGGAUGGAUGGGACAGACAUAGAUACACAUGGAUGGAUGGGACAGACAUAGAUACACAUGGAUGGAUGGGACAGACAUAGAUACACAUGGAUGGAUGGGACAGACAUAGAUACACAUGGAUGGAUGGGACAGACAUAGAUACACAUGGAUGGAUGGGACAGACAUAGAUACACAUGGAUGGAUGGGACAGACAUAGAUACACAUGGAUGGAUGGAUGGAUGGGAACGUGCUGAAGUUGAACGUCUGAAAGGUCCAAACCAUUCAACCUUGGAAAUCUAACCUCCUUCUUCUCCUUUACUUUUUCCUCUCUCUCUGUUUUCCCAGACCCCCCCCCCCAUCCUCUGUCUCUGAGGAGGAUUACUCUGUGGGAGUGAGGGAAGGAGGGGAGGGAAAGAAGGAGGGAGGGAAGGAGGGAGGUGUUUUCACAGUUUCAAGUUUAGAGAGUUCUGCCAACAGUUAACUGUAGAUCCUGCCAACCAACUGUAGCAGUGAGAUGUUUCAUCAGAAUUCUGAUAUCAGGGUGUGUACAAAAUGGAAUCCUAUUCCCUAAUAGUGUAUUCCCUAUUCCUUACAGUGUAGGGAAUAGGACGCCAUUUUGGACGCAAGCCUUUGUGUUCACGCUUUACAUUCAUAGAAUGGGCUGAGAUGUUUACUUUACGCCACUGGUUUAAUUACUGCUGUGUCAGUAAUACAUUGUGAUGAAUUGAUUUGUGUAUGUGCACCUCUAACUGGUAUAAAUUCAUGGUUGAAGGUUUCACAUAAUGACAUCACCCUGCGACAAGACAGCUGUAAGUUUGUCAUCUUUAUGGUUGAUAUUACAUUUAUGUUUGGUAUUAUGUUUAUGUUUGGUGCGCUCUUAGAUAUGCAGAGGUUUACGGACUGAUAAAUAAGUUCAUAUCACAAAUCACAUGCCUGACCUGGGUCAAACACUUUCAAAUAUGCCAGCCGCGGUUGAUUUACUUUAGCCCGGCUCAAUUGAACCAAUGGAAUGAUCCCAGAAGUGUAAACGCCAAGCUAAACCAAGUCAUCCUCAAAUACUUUCUAAUAUUUAUAGGUAUUUGACAUAAUGUAUUUGUCGCAGGUCGGAUCACUAGGUAUUGUGUCUUACAUUGCCACGUUUUGAAUGAUUGUACGUCUUAAAUUGAAUGUAUAUAACUAUAUAUCUAUAUAUUGUGUACAGAUUGUGUACAGUAUAGUUUAUUGGGAAAUGUUUAUUUGUACUUAUUUUCUAUUUUCUAUUUCCUGUUUAAAUGAUUCAACUAGAGAGAUAAGUGAAUUUGAUAUAGUAAUCCGUCCGUUUCCUUGCAGCCUCUUCAUUACAGUUCUGUAUCGAUCUCCUUCUGUUGGGUAUAUUUAGUGUGCAUCCAAAAUGGCACCCUAUACAGUAGUGCCCUACUUUUUAAAAGUAGUGCACUAAGUAGUGAAUAGGGUUUAAUUUGGAGCACCAUCUUACGUUCCCCUGUUGGGAAACAUUGUUAGCAGCUAGCUGUCAGUCAUGUUGGCAUGGCCUCUGCUUUUCUUUCAGUGCCUUUAUUUCAACCUUCAAAAUGUCUCUGUAAUGGGUUCACUUCAGCCAGUCAGUGACACAGUGCCAGUGCCAAAAGGAGAUGUGGCUAUUAUCUCUGUGUGUAGUCUUGGAAUUUUUCCUAUUUUGUUGCAUUACAACCUGUAAUUUAAAUGGAUUUUUAUUUGGAUUUCAUGUAAUGGACAUACAGAAAAUAGUCCAAAUUGGUGAAGUGAAAUGAAAAAAAUGACUUGUUUAAAAAAAAUCUUAAAAAUAAAAAACAGAAAAGUG